UCGUGCAUACUACGCGUAACCUCUGCUUCUCAUGCACAAAUUCUUCGCCGUUGGCUUCAGCGCCACCUACUGCAUCUGCCAUCUCAACAUCACCCUCGCCUCGAGCCAUGCCCCUUGUUGAUUGGAGGAUCCUGUCGAACACUCGAGCUGAUCGUAUUUACUGAUCACUUGUCUACAUGUACGAGGUCAGGUUCAUCAAUAAAUUCUACGCUUCAUAAGUCCGCGGCUAUUUCCGCUGCAGGUCCCGAUAGCUAGUGAAGAAGUUCGGCCUUCCAACCACACAGUAUAUGACGCAUGCGAGUAUAGUAGCAUGGCAACUGAAAAGCGCAUACGGAGCGCAACAAUCAACCGCGAUACAAACGAGACCAAGAUCAAUCUUGCGCUCAACCUCGACGGCGGCGCAUUACAGCCAUCCACCUCGAGCGCAUCAGAGUCCAAUGGAGAUGAGAAACAGCAUGCUUCACAAUCCUCUAAAUCCCAACAAAUAAGCGUAGAUACCGGAAUUGGCUUUCUUGAUCAUAUGCUGCACGCUCUCGCAAAGCAUGGCGGGUGGUCACUUCAUCUACGGACCCGAGGAGACCUCCACAUUGACGACCACCAUACCGCAGAGGACACAUUCAUCGCCCUUGGUCAGGCCUUCAAGCAGGCCCUGCAGACCACGUCCGGUCUGGCGAGGUUUGGGUACGCUUACUGCCCGCUAGACGAGGCCUUGUCAAGAGCCGUGGUAGACCUGAGUAACCGGCCGUUCUCUGUUAUCAACCUGGGCACAAAGAGGGAAAAGAUUGGAGACUUAAGCUGUGAGAUGCUCCCGCACUGCUUGCAGUCCUUCGCUCAAGGAGCGGGCAUCACACUGCAUGUGGAUUGUUUACGUGGCGACAAUGAUCACCAUAGAGCGGAGAGUGCGUUCAAAGCCAUGGCGGUAGCACUGCGGAUGGCGUGCAGUCCGGUUGUAGGCAGAGAAGGCGAGGUACCAAGCACGAAAGGCGUGCUCUUCUGAUGAGGACGCCCCAACGACGUUCGUAGUCUACUCGUGCUGUAGUUCUAGCGUACAAUGACACUGCAGAGCUGCCGUUGUGGCCGCGUGCUUUUCAACACCAAACCUGAAUUUCAACUCGCCGUUCGGUGCAGAGAUGUAAACCACUAGUGGCCC